AUGCCUACUCAACUUUCGGCUGAAGUGCCAUCGCUUGUCUUGAAACACCCACCCGCGCUACGAUCUCUUGUUAAGUUUCGACAGGAAUUCGACCAAUGCAGAAGCAAAGCAGCCAAGUACGAUCUCUGCCGAAAAUAUGCGGAACACUAUCUGAGCCUUUCUGAAACCGUCGACAACGAGGUACGGAUCUGGUUUGAAACCUUGGGCGCCUUUGCGCGGAGUCCUGCUUUCAUCAAAUUCCAGCGACAGGAUUCGCAGCUCUGGGGGCAAAUCAAGAAGAUAGUCACGAGGACUACAGAAAAACAAAAAGAGCAAGCAUGGGAAACGGUUCGGAAAACGUUCGGCGAGCCAAACGUGCAGCGCCUUCAAGAAAUCGGCAACGGAGCGACCUUUGCGAAGAAAUGCGCUGGUCUAGCGGCUCGAAAUCCAAGCAUAACAUGGGAUGAUUUUUGUAUUGGAGCGAAUCGAGCGGCCUUUGAGCGGAUUCAGGGCUCUCGGUCGGGGCAAACUAAAACCCCCACUGUCAUCACCAGUGAUAUUACCCAUGGAAUGAAAGCGAUGGAUUCACUGCCUCUUCAACACCAGGAUUUGAGAAAGAUCAGGGCUAGAAUCGAUGACCACGGUCUUCUUGCAGUUGCGCGAUCCAUGGAUGGGUACAGCAGUGAGAGAGGCCAGCAGACACACGGUGCGAAUGGAGAUUGUUAUCCUGUCACUAGGAGGCAGCAAAAGGCCCGCAACCUUCCAGAGCAGAGACCUCCACAGGAAGUGGGCUUGAAGUGCCAGCCAAAACAGACAUCUCAGUACAGACCGAGGCGUUGUGAAUGUAAGGGGUUCGCGGAUAAUGCCACAAAAAUUCUCAACGCCAUCCGGGACAGCCGUGACCUCAGCCCGACAGACAUCUCCAUGAUUUUUGAUUCCUUACAAAAUACACCUAAACCGGAAAUGUGCCAGAAUCAUGAAAGGUGGUUUGCCUCAAUGAUUGGACUCAAUACGGUCCACCGACGGGAUGUCCUGUCAAAUCGCAUUGAGAAAUGCGCGGACGCGGGUUCCAAUUGGGUCAGCCUCAAGCACUCCGUUACCAGCUGGGAAUGGUUUAAUGAUGGAAUCAACCCAGAUGAAAUUUACGCCUUUCGUCCGGCUAACCCAAUCAGUCUCGAGUUUGACCCAAGAAAGAUUACUCCAGAUCGCAUCCGUCAGCUUCUCGGCGAUAUCGAUGACUUUAGUCGGGAGCAUCUGUUGGCCGAGGGUCAUACGGUCACCGUUCAGACCUUCCACAAAUACAUCAAAUCUGACUCACCAUGCUUGAGCUCCAUUCGUGAUAUUGCCCGGCAGGAGCUUGAUCUCUACCGCUUUCAUGGCAACGUCGAUGAUUCUAAUUACUCGGGAGAACUGCACGCCAUGUACCAUUCGAUCACACAACAAGUUCUACGGAUGGAUAUAUGUGCAUGGCUUUUGCACAUGUUGAGUCGAGGUUGUAAGAGUCACAAACUGAUGGCCUAUCCCACCCCAGCAUGGUAUCUCCCCAAUCGACGUCGACCCAUUGAAAUCUGGCUCCACCACCCACCAAACGAAUACUACGAUGAUCAAAACCGCGAGAACCACGAAUGUCACCUCGGAUAUCUGUUUCUAGAGGGUACGCAGGCACAAAGGCGCGGUACUUGGAAAGAAUUCUCCAAUAUUUCCAAGUCGAGAGAAUGGUGGGUGAAAACGGCAGCAGAUCAUCGUCUCGAUCACCACCGCAGCGAGCAACGUAUUGCUGAUAUGGAUCUUGAACAUUUUAUGGGCCAUUCUGAUCGAGUGGACCCCCAAUGGUUUGGGCAUCAGCCCGGUACCUAUGCCGUUGUUCAUGCUGCGACCCCUGAGGUGAUUGGGGCGAUUGCCCCAGAUGACGGCUACGAAGGCCCCGCAUUUGUUGUACCAAACGUUUACGUUACGUGCGAUACAAAUACCCCCGAGGUUUCCGGAGCAUGCGCCGUGGAUCAACUGCGAAAUCAUCUGAUUAACAUGACAGUGCCAAGAAAGACACCUUAUGGCAAAUUCGUGGCCUGCGCAGAAAACGAAGCGGCAUGGCCAGUUACUUACAGGUUGAGAACUGUAUCCGAAAUAGCAGGGGCUCUUACGGGUGAAAUUUCCUGGGAUCAUCCCGCUGUCUUGCUAGAACUCAAGACUUUAUUCGAGGGAGAUGUCGACACUGCGCAACAGCGAAUUAGGGAUUGGGAGCAAGAAAUGCUUCAGCAAGCAAGGAAGGCGCUGGCAAUCGUUCAAGAACGGGAGCAUGAGUUAUAUGACAUUAACUCAUACACGUUUCGAGUGCGGGCCGCGAAGAAUGGCACACAGGCGCAUUCUCUCCCAAACGAAAGCCAUUCAGAUCCAACACUAGCGCCAGUCUCAAGUCAGAAUUCGUCACACAUAUGUGUUUCUCCCGGUCCGCCGAAUACCCCGAAGCAAGGAACUGUCCAAACCGGGAUAGCGUCCCAGUUCGAUCCUCUUUUCAGUCAGCAGAAUUCGGGUCCAACCUCUUCGCUAAGCCGCAUCACCCCGUUCAGUGAAGUAGACGACAAAAGUGAGGCACCUUCGAUACAUCCAGAUGUUUUUGAAAUACUACGGGGUGGUAUAGAACUCACUGGCCCAAUCCCAAGUUCGCUUAUGGUGGAGAAUAAUACAAAAACAAAACGCAAAGGAGAGUUUUCACCGAAUUCCAGGCCGGCUAAACGACUCUGUUGA